AUGUAUUCUGGGACUGUGCAGACAGAACUGCCUUGCCACCAGAAACCAGGUGUGAUUGCUCGCCUCCGUGCACUCCCCCUGAAGAGGAACACGCCUUAUUCCGGAUCCUAUGGCGGGCCGCUUCAUUUGCUCAGGGCUGCUGGUGCUGCGGUGUUCGCCGGGGGAAGGCGAAUCCGGCAAGGCCGACACCGCCCCAUCUCCAGGCUUGGGUUGUUCGCUGUCACGCUGGAGCCGCAGCAGCAAAAUUCAACAGAGGUCCUGGUAGACUUCGAAGCAUUUGUGAAGUGGCUGGUUGAGUUAGAGCGCCGGAGAGGCAAAUGUAUAAGAACAUAUCGCAGCCUGGACCGGCGUGUCAGGAGCCUGAUGCGCAGGUUACGAGUUCAGGGUGUGGAGCUGUGCUUUGUCCUGGCGGCUGAUCCGACAGCAAACUGCUGCAGCAAACCUGAGGAUGCAUUCCUCUGGCUGGCUGAGGAACAAAUUGUUGCCUCGCUCUUAAGAGCGCGCUGCUCGUGGAAACAAUGCACUGAAGCACGCGCCAGCGAUGUGCUCAGCAGGCUCGUGGAGGACGAGCCAAAUGUAGCAGCGGUGUCGGGAACCAAUCAAAUGCAGUUGUCAUUGCUGAAGGCGCUCCAGUUUCCUGCAUUCGUGUCCACAUGUCAUUCCGCAGUGCUUUAG